AUGCCGAGUAUCAAGAAAGCAAAACGAGCAAGCAAAGCAGAGGAGUCCUAUUAUUCCUCUCCAAUGACAGAAAGUAAUAUCGAUGCACUGUUGCAAUAUGUUGCUGCAAAGAAGAAUGUUGGAAUGAAAGUUACUACGGCCAUUAAAUUGUUUGCACAAGAAUAUAAUUUCGACCCAAAUCAUGCUAGAAGCUCUUUUUAUGCAAAGGUGAAAUCAUUUAAAGAACAAUCGGGAUUAUCAACAAUGAACGUUUUUCCUGAUGAUGUGUCUAGAAUGAAUGAUGAUUUAUUGUCUGCGAUCAGAUUUGAAACGAAACAAGUAGAAUAA